CUGUGUUCCGGGGGACUCACCUGUCGUCAAUAUCUAUACACCGUUACCUGAGAGUACAUGAACAUAUAUUGGUAUCAGAGCAGAGCAAAAUUUUUACCUUGAUAGCAGGGAGCUUUAACUAUUAGAGACAAUAUAUUGUGUCUAGUGUGGAGUGCAUUGAGCAGAGAGUUUGAUAUAAAGGUGCAUAGAGCCAUGGACAUGGAAGCCUGGGCUUCCCAAAUCCGGAUGUUCCUGGAAAAUAUUCCAGAUCCAGUUCAGGUAAAAUUACAGCAAAAUAGUUUUUUUUUCCACCAUUUAUUUACACGUCUUAUGUUUAUCAUUUAAAAAAAAAAAGAAUAUACAGAUUUGAGGUGUAUAAUUUAUAUCAUCACAAAAGACAAGCACUAAUUUUUUUUUUUAAUUUAUUUUAUGUCAUUAUUUUAAUGAAUAUCUCAUUGUUUUAAUGAAUAUCAUACAUACAAUUUAAGUGAGAGGAAACUUGGAAUCGGCUGUAAAACUAGAAUGAUGAUUCAUGUAUAGUUUAGGAAGGUGUAUGAUAUUGACAGAUAAAAUUUGAUCCAGUAUAUAAUGUUAAUUUGAAAACCAGUCGUAAAAAAAACUGUAUGGGUGGUAUGUUACAUAAUCUAUCUGCACUGUGUACAUUUUCUAUUAAAAUAGGCCAUGUCAUCAGAUAAAUGUAAAAUAAUUUGUUUCAAAUUAGUAAAGAAGUAUACAAGCACAAUAAUUUACAGUUAUUUUGAUCUACUAAUAAAGUAAUUACGGUUACCCAUCAUGCAGUUGUCUUGUAGUACAUUAACCUGCCAUCAGGAAGAUCAUUGUAAUUGUAUGUGUCAAAGAUUAAGUACAUUUAUAUCUCGUGUAUAUAUUUAUGGAAAACAACAUUUUUAUCCUUGAUCUAGAAAUGAGGAGUCAUCAGAGACUUUUGUCUGUGAGGAUCUAGCCUUAUUUGUCAGUGUUGGAAUGCUGUAGAUCGGGACUAUAUGUAAAACACAAUGGGAAAACAUUAAUGGUGUGAUCAUUUGAUAUUGUUUAUUGGUCAGACAUUAUGAUCUAAGGAAGUUAAUUCAUCUGAAAGACAAAUAUUGCCGGUGGUCCCACUGUCCUCACAGUUUAACUUUAUCUGGCUGUAUACAUGACCUUUUAACAGCUUUUUAAACCAGUCAGUGUGAAGAGAAGUCUGUAACUGUCCAUCAGCUGAAUGUUUGAAGAAGUUAUUAUUUAUAUAAUUAGGCUGGUACAAAUGGAGACCUAGAUUUUGUGUAUUGAAUUAACAUAUGAAAAUCUUUUCCCUUUGUGAAGUUUUGUGGGUCAUUUUUCUUCUUCUGAUAAUGGACGGUCGUUUAUUGUAAUAUACACUGUAAUAGGUACUACCAAGGUCAUGCAUAUAUUAAUAUUACAAUGUGAACAAGUCAGGAGAAAUAUUCUAUAAUUUUACCUUGAGCAUUAUUUAAUUUUAAAGAGCUCUAUUUUUGUUUUUAUUUCUACAAAUGUUUUAUUCAAUAAAAUGCCCCCAGUAAGAAAUAAUUUUAAUAGAAGAUUUAAAAUGGACAGACCCAACUGCAUUUACUCUGAGAUAAUAUACUGUCAUUAAGUCAAGAUUUUUAGGGAAAUUAACUUUAAGCCAAGAUUUUUGACCCCCCCCCCCCCAACUUAUUAGAAUAAGUUAAGGCAAUUGUUACCUCAAUUAACAGCUCAAAAUACAUCUGAUCAGUGAUUUAAUAGUCAUCGACAUUCCUGACUUAAUUUUAAUAUCUGGUAGAAGUGUUUUUGAUAUUUUGUUUUUAACCCUCUAAUAAAGUCCAACAUUAUGUUGAGAACUACUAGAUGCUUUUUCAUUGAAAAAGGAAGAAAACACUGCAAAUGAGAUGUUAGUGAAAUGUUAUCUUUUAUUGACCUGACUAGAUAUACCAGACAGUCUUAUUUACUCAAUUAUUUAUGUGAAUUUAUUAAAUCUUAGAAAAAAUCCUGAUAUGCUGAGGAUAGGUUAUGUUUUAUGAUGUUGUAUAUAUUUGUUUUGCACUUUAGAUGUUUACCAUGCAAUUUACACACUUUGAAAUAUGUACUUUAUGGACCCAUCCAUAACACUGGCACCUUGAUAAAAGGAAGGGGUGAUAGUAUAUAGGGUAAUAGCCACAAUAAUAAGGAAAUGUCCAAUAAUUCAAUGUAUUUACAAGCCAGGGAGGCUACAGUUUACUGUAACAAGCUGUACACUGUAUAACUCACUGUAAUUAUUAGCACUCUGUACAUUAUACAAAUCAUUGUAACAAGCAGUACAAUCACUGUAACAAGCAGUACAAUCACUGUAACAAGCAGUACAAUCACUGUAACAAGCAGUAAUCACUGUAACAAGCAGUACAAUCACUGUAUCAAGCAGUACAAUCACUGUAACAAGCAGUAAUCACUGUAACAAGCAGUAAUCACUGUAACAAGCAGUACAAUCACUGUAUCAAGCAGUACAAUCACUGUAACAAGCAAUACAAUCACUGUAACAAGCAGUACAAUCACUGUAACAAGCAGUACAAUCAUUGUAACAAGCAGUGUAAUCACUGUAACAAGCAGUAAUCACUGUAGCAAGCAGUACAAUCACUGUAACAAGCUGUACAAUCACUGUAACAAGUAGUAAUCACUGUAACAAGCAGUACAAUCACUGUAACAAGCAGUAAUCACUGUAACAAGCAGUACAGUGUACAAUCACUGUAACAAGCAGUACAAUGUACAAUCACUGUAACAAGCAAUACAAUCACUGUAACAAGCAGUACAAUCACUGUAACAAGCAGUAAUCACUAUAACAAGCAGUAAUCACUGUAACAAGCAGUACAAUCACUGUAACAAGCAGUAAUCACUGUAACAAGCAGUACAAUGUACAAUCACUGUAACAAGCAGUACAAUGUACAAUCAUUGUAACAAGCAAUACAAUCACUGUAAUAAGCAGUACAAUAACUGUAACAAGCAGUACAAUACUGUAACAAGCAGUACAAUCACUGUAACAAGCUGUACAAUACUGUAACAAGCAGUACAAUCACUGUAACAAGCAGUACAAUCACUGUAACAAGCAGUACAAUGUACAAUCACUGUAACAAGCAGUGCAUUCAAUGUUACAAUUAGUACACUGUACAAUUCAUUGUAAUGAAUAAUAUAUUACAGUGUUAUUCAUUCCAUUUGUGUUUAACAGUUGUACAAUUUGCUGAAUGAAUAUUGUCUUUCAUGUCUGAGAUAGAGUCAGACAGAAAUUUGUUUUAAUCAAAUGAUUAUGAAUCCUCUCUGAUUUUGUCAGGUCUGCUGCAGAAACAUUUGAAAUUCUAAGUAAAGGUUGAUGUCCUACAGAGACACUGUAAACAUCAAGGGAGAAAAAAGGCCUAUCGUUUAGGAGAAAUUCAUUGCCUUGUUAGGGUGGAGCCAUUAAUUGGAAAUCUGAAACAUGCAACUUAAUCUCAUUGUUCCUGCUAAACUUUACCUGUUACAUAAUAGUCCUAGCUUUUGUGGUAAGUGCCAUUUUUAUGAUCGCAUCCUUGUAUGGUUGUUGGGUCACAAUGACAGGUGCCCAUUGAAAGGGGAUUUUUGGCAGAGAGCAGUGAACUUUCUGUAUUGUUCUCUGGUGGAAAGGAGAUGUUUUAAGUCUGCUUAAUGUCAUGUUGUCCCCUUUGUAAAAUCUUGAUUUUAAAAAAUAUAUCUUGCACUAUGUCAGUGCUGAGUGUUUGCACAGUUCGUUUAUUACGCCAGUGCUAACAAACAGUCUUGAUCAAAGUAAACUUCAAACCAAGCAAAAAUCUUUUUAACUUCUCUAGAGACCAAAAAAAGUUCAGGUGUUCAUACUCAAUGAGAAAUAAAUUUGAGAACUGAGAACUGAAGAGUUCUAUUAAAUUCUCAAUUCUGUGUCAAUCAAACAGAACGAAAAAAUGGGAGUUAAUGUAAUACAAUAUAUGUUCUCUUUUUGAAAAAGCAACCCCUUAAUCCUCUGAAGUUUAAUUGUAUCAUUUUGACAUCUUUCAGGGUUGAUGUGGAAAUGGUAAAUGUGCUUUUUUUAGUCCACAUUUACAAAAGUACACCCAGAUAAAACAAGCAAACUAAGCUAGCUUGUCCUCCCCAGUCUGGAAAAAUACACAUGCAUAUGAAUUUUAGCUCAUCAGGCUUACCUCACUCUGUUUAAGGAAUACUGUAAAUUCCUAGAUAUAUAUGAAGAAUUUAUUAUCGCACAUUUUUAUGCGAAGCAUUACUCACGAAUUAAAUUACUCACUUUUAUUUUUAUAUGAGUUAUUUAUUAAACAGAGCGCAGUAUGUCUCUGUUGUUUGUUUUAUGGGUAUAUAUGAACAAUGGACAUUUUGGGUAAUUUGUGUAAUGGACAAAGCUGAUUUUGUAGAAAUCCCUCAAAAUACAAACAAUAUAUAGAAAUUUAUUCCUUCCAUUUAUAUUUUUUUAAGAUCGACAUAGGUUUUUAUGUCAAGUUCAAAGGUCAGUGCUUUUAUUGAGAAAUAAAAUACAUGCAUGUCCAUUUAAAUAGCAUAUAGGUUUAUUACUGAUAAAACAUUUAUAAACUCUCUCUUAAUUUUGAAAUAUUUCUAAUUUUGAUUAACCCCAUUUUAGUGUUAAAUCAAAAAAAUUCUCUUCUUUGCCAUGCUCACAACCUGAAAUUGAUUUGGUUAUAGUGUGGAGUAACAGCUGAUAGAAGACUUCUUUAGUUAUAAUUAUCAGUGUGAGUGGUAAUACAUAUAUACAUAUUAAAGAGGUCAUCUACACACUCAUAAUAUCACAAUACAAAAUUUCAUUAACCGAGAUAGACAGUGUACACAUGAUCUGAUACUUGUAAACAAUUAAGUUGCAUUAUGUUUGAAUAUACACCGACUGUUAUCACAAUAAGUCACUUGCCAACUGUUCAGUAUGACCUACACUGAUAGACCCACAGGGUUGAAAAAUUUAUAGAUCGCCUUUUGAUGUUUGAUAAAUCAAUUGUAAUUAAUCCAUCAAUUCUAAAUAUAUACAUCAAAAUGCUCAGAGGAGUCGUAAAGUGAACUUAUUUGGAAUGAGGUGUUGGGUUUGGACCACCAGGUGACUCUGCCUUCUGUUCCCAGUGUGUCAUACUGUACAGUAAAAUGUUUCAAAGAAAUUCCAGAUAAUAGAUGAACCAUUCUUAUUUUGAAAGUUGCAAAUAUUUUUCUUUUAUUGCCUUGAAAUAGCUAUAUAGAAGAGGUUACUAGAGGGAAUAAACAAAUCAUGCUUCAGCUUAGAUACAUUCGGAGACCAUAUUUUCAACUGAGCUUCUGGUUGAGUUUUUAUCAUGUCAUCUAUCUGAUAUUUUCAACUUCUCAAGUACCAUGGAACCCAUUUCAACCAAAGGACUAAGUGUGGUGUGGGCCAUUUUACGCCUCCUUUCAGAUUAUCAGAAAUUUUCAUUGUAAAAUAUCAACAGGGGUAACACAAAGACUCCUCUAGUAAAGGGGAUUCCAGUCUGUUGAAAUGAGCUGGGUUACAAGGAUACAAAUUUAGAGAUUUAUAUAUACAGUAUAUAUGUAUCUAUAUACUCCAUAUGUAGUGUAAAUUUGAUUUGUUCACAAAAUAAUCCCUGGGAUGAAGGCAGAAUCACAAGAGGAAUUCAAAUGUUUACCUAUAGGAAUAUAUGAAUAUCCAUUUCUCAAUAAACACAAGGGCACAAUUUUUCAAAGUAAUAUUCAAGCAUCAUCCUCACGUGGAUUAGAUUCAAGGCUAUUCACACCAUAUCCUCAGGGGCCAUAAUAGCUGAGUUUUACCAGUUUUACAUGUGAAAAUGUGACUGCUUAGCUCAAUGAUGAUGGUCAGUCAGGACCUCUUAAGGGCAUAGGAUACCUAUAACAAUUUGUUGUAGAAUUUUAUAAAACUAUCUGUAAAUAUUUAUUUAUUUGUAUUAUUGCUACAAAAUAUUCCCAUAAAACCACCUUUGGUUUUACAUUAUUUACAAGUCUUUAAAGUUCAAUGGAAAACCAUUACCCCAAAAUUGACAUCCUUCAAAAAUGUGUUUUUAUUGGUGCAUUUCUUGUAUUGAUGACCGAUUUACAUUGUUGUUUGAUCAAAAUCCCACAUAAACACAUUGAAAAUCUACUUUUGAUGCGUCGAAAAUCUUGGGUAUCUUAUGACCUUAAUUUUAAAUUAUGGGCAUGUAUCAUAUGAACUUUAUGUGACAACUUGAGACUUUAUAAUUGUGUGGUGUAUUUGUUCAUGGAAAAGACAACACCAGCGGUGAAUAUAAUGCCUUCAAAUUCGAUCAAUACACAAAUUUGUGCCCUCCUCACCCAUGUACCAUAUCAUUGGAUUAGGAUUCAUAGCAUGUUUUUUUGCAAACAAAAAAAUGCACUAAAUGUGUGGAUGAAUAUCAAUUGAGCCUAAAUGUCAACGGUCUUCCAAAUAAAUAAGAUUAGCUUUUAUAUACAUUGUUAUAUGUACAUGUAGCUCAAAAACUUUGGCAGGGUAUUAGGGCAAACUGAAUGUUUUUAUUUAAACACAAUAAAAACACUUUUUAUUUUGAUCACACUUUUAAAUUGGUUGUUUUUUUUCCCUGGUGGCUUGAGAUUUCUGGGUGAUGGGAAUUAAUGGCCAUUAAUGCUGGUCUGUGUGGAGGAAUAUAUGAGUAUUGCUAUAAAUGAAAUUUGAUACUUCAAUUUCUCAAACUUUUAACCUUCAGUUAAUCUCUUUAAUAAAUGGGAUAUUAAUGAUAUUGAGUGUCAUAAUCUAUGCUUUUAAUAUAUGGGAACCUGAGAAAAAUUUGGAUUUUUAAGUGAUUUUUUUUGUACACAGUAUUUGUUGUCAAACUAUAGACACUUACUGAAAAGUAAGUUGAAAUAUUUAAGAAGUAAAUAAGUUUCACAGCAGUCAAAUGAUCAGUUUUAUGGGCUGUAAAUCUGUCAAACAUUAAUGGUUUUACAUUUAUAUCAUAAUCUAGUUUCAAAAUAAAAAUAUCAACUUCAAUACACUUCAGAGAAGAUUCUGUUGGUUGCUUAGUACAUGUUACUUAGUGAAUGUUAGUAAUUAUUUCUUUCUACAGAGAGAGAAAGAGAGAGAGAGUUACACAAUUUUGUAUAUUGUUUGAAUACUUUCAUAGGAUUAUUAGAUCUCAAGAGUACUUUAAAGUUGAAAGAGUAAAGCAGACUAGAUGGUCAAUAUUGACAGAAAACACCACAAGAUUUUUAUGAGAAUUAUAUAUAAUUGUGGCGGACACCUUUAGGGUAUACUGCGACACUACUUGCAGAUUACCUUAAUUUACACUUUUGAACCUUUAGUAAUAAUGGUUUUUACUUGGACAAUGGGUGCGUUUGUUGGGGUACUAGAUCUGGUCCAUUGGUUCGAUGAUUAGCGGCAUUAUAUCAUGAAAUCAACAAGGUAGUGAACGUGGUGUGAAAAUGACGACAAGGACACCCCGUAACUGAAACUUACACAACAGUUAUCAGCUGACAAUUGUACCGCACCAAAUCUUCUUAAAAACAAACCCACUGACCGCCAGCUUGACCACUGACUGAGGGCAGGACACAACUUGACAGUUAUGGUUUACUUGCGGACAUUAUUAUGUUUGGUUUCCUAUUGUGGUUAAAUCUUAUGUGACUUUUUAUGCAAACAUUUGAGGUCGCUGAUUUAGUAAUUAAAAGAAUUGUUACAGUUGAUAGUUGCAGUAAAUGCCCAGAGCUGAGGGUUUUCAGGCCAAGACAAGCCUCUUGAGUUGUUUGAUAGGUAACAACAGGUCCUCUGUCCACCAAGUGCUUGGCAUCAGAAGUUUAAGACUCCAGCCUUUCUGAUGAAACCUUAAAAACUUAGUCCCUUUCAUAGUAGGAUUGCUGUGAUGAAUAACCCUCACUGCUAAAUGGCAUAAUAAGAGUGGUGACAUUCCACCUACAACUGCAUUAUGAUGGCCGAUUCAAAAUAUUUCAGAAAUGCUACUAAAACUACUGUAACAAAUUAUGGUACUUUUAGUUAAAUUGAUAUUUUUCUGUAGUAAAUUUGAACUUUUAAUUACCCCUCUCUGUACUCAUUGUAUGUCGUUAACGACUGCGAGCAUUAAUUGUGACCUUACUAUUAAGGAUGUCGUGGUUUUACUGCAGCUUAUUUUGUUUUUCUGUCAGUUUGUCUAAGCUUGGGUGUAAAGGUCAGUGGAUGCAGAAAAAAAAUCCAAAGGAAAAAUAGCUAUAUUUUCUCACAAUGUAAAUCAAUCAUGAAUAUACAAAAUACAUGAAAUUAUAAUAUUAAUUCCAUUGAAAUUUGUGGGGAUUUUAUCAUCUUGUUUCAUAGAAAAAUGCUUGACAGAUAAGCUGUUUAAGCAAAAGUAAAGCCUUAUACAAAUGAUUUUUCAAUUUUCUAUAACUUUCCAUGUUUUAUUAAUGUUCCUGACUGCCCGGACUAGAACUGUCUAUAACUUUCCAUGUUUUAUUAAUGUUCCUGACUGCCCGGACUAGAACUGUCUAUAACUUUCCAUGUUUUAUUGAGGUUCCUGACUGCCCGGACUAGAAUUGAUUAUAGAUUGCUCAUGGUUUCGUGGAGGUCUCUGAAGUUUAUAAUGAAAUAUAGCUUUAAUACAGAAAAAUCAACUUCACCAUGUCACCUAACUCAAAUUAUAAAUCUUACCGAUAGAAGGACCAUCUGUGUUUAAACAUUCAGAAAAGAUAUAUAUACCCAGUUUAAAGGGACAGUUCGUGUGUAGAUUCGUGAUAUAUUGAAUUGAUAGUCUUUCUGGAAGGUUGUUCUGCAGGUGUGAAAGCCAUCACUUGUGGUCAUCAUCAGAGGUGUUACUAUAUAGACUAGUAAAGAUAUAUAGCUACAUCCUGCUUUGGAUCUAGCUUUGGAUACACUGUAUAUAUAUAUUUAAUAUUUAUGUGUUGUGGCUUUCUUAAUGAUGGGUCAUUAAAGUGCUGUCCAAUUUGAAUGUUUACUGUGAAUGAUUCAGACAUUUAUGGGGAAAUAGUAUUCUUUUGUUUUUUGCCUAUCUCAGUGACAGAGAAAGAUUUUGAAAGGUUUUUAGAAACUGAGUUUCAGUGAAAAAAUUAAAUCAUUCAUCAUAUGAAACUGGUUCAGAAAUAGACUUGUGUGUAGUAAUUAAAUGGACAUGUAAAUCAUUAAAACAUGAGGUGGAGACUGUAAUUAGGAGAUGACGUGAACAGAAGGAAACGCGAUCUGGUCUUUCUUUGUGUUCAGUUUCAAAUUGCUGAGUGUUAACAAUCAUAUGGAAGGACAUUACUAGUUUUUUCUGAAGCUCCUAACUUGCGCUAAUGGAUAUGGAUAUUGAGCUUUGGAGGAGUGAAGUCAACCAUUUCUUUCUCCAUCAUGACACAGAGGUUGCCUUUGAUGGCGGGGACUUGUAUGCCAUGGCGGACUCAAUUCCUGUUGUUCGGCAGAUUGACAGACAGUUGUUGAACUGUGGGAUAUGCCUGGAGCGCUACAAGGCCCCAAAAGUCCUUCCCUGCUUGCACACCUUCUGCCAAAAGUGUCUUGCCAGCUAUAUUCCUGCUGAGAGCCUUUCUGUAACUUGUCCAAUCUGCAGACAACAAUCAAUUUUACCUUUACAAGGUGUAUCAGCAUUACAGACAAAUUUUUUCAUUACAAAUCUAAUGGAGGUGGUGGAUCAGCCCAACAUAUGUCGAACGUGCAGUCGAGAACAAGCAAAACCAUCAACCAAGUGUAUGGACUGUGCCGAAUUUUUGUGUAACAGCUGUACGAGUAUUCAUCAAGCGCUGGAUCAAACUAAAGAACACAAUGUUGUAGCACUGUCAGACAUUUCUGGGACUCCUGAAACUGAAGUAGAUACAACAUUAGUGUGUCCCAACCAUGAUGGUAACGCUUUAAGGUUUUACUGUAUAGCGUGUGAAACAGCAGUGUGUGAGGACUGCACUGCUGUUGAACACAUUGGACAUAAGACGGUGCCACUGUUUGAUGCAAUCCAAGAACAGAAAAUCCUCCUGCAUACUCUUGUGUCUGGUGCCAGGGAACAGGUGCCCUGUUUAGAGAAAUCCAUUAAUCUGGUGAAUGAUGUAGUAGGGUCUCUGGAUCUGGAGAACAGGUCUGCGGAGGAGAAAAUACUCAGUGCUUUCGAGGAACUCGAUAAAUUGUUACAAGUCAGGAAAACAGCUUUACUUGCAGAACUCCAAACAAUUUACAAUCGCAAGCAUCAAAUCCUUUCUGAACAGAAGGAAACGCUUGAAAACAUUCUUAGUAAGAUUACAAAUUGUUGUGAUUUCACAGAAGAAACUUUAAAACAUGGGAGUGAAACUGAAAUCUUGCUCAUCAAAACUGAAAUGUCUGAAAAGUUGAAGGAGUUGGGUGGUCUGAAGCUGCAGUACCAGCCAGAGGAAAAUGAGUGUCUAGUUUUCGAUCAUACUCACUUUCAGACACUGAGGAAGUCUCUGUCAUGUGUUGGAGCUGUGCAGACCAACAGUGCUGUGGCUUUCGAGACCACUGCUUCUGGAGAAGGAUUGAAGAUGUGUUACGUGGGUAAAGCAGCAACCGUAACUGUGAUAGCCAAAGAUAGAAAAAGAGAACUAGUCAGAAUUGGGUAUGCUUCACUGUCUGCAGAAAUCAGAGAUGAAGACAAUAUGGUCAUCAAUCCUUUUGUGAUGGACAAACAAAAUGGAACCUAUGAGGUGACAUACACAGUAGAAAAAGUAGGCACAUAUUCUUUAGAAAUCAAACUUUAUGGUCAUCCAAUUAAAGGGUCACCAUUCAAAGUCAAGGCCAUUCUGGUUGGGGAAGAAUCGGACCAUUUCAACAGCUCUAAGAUUCCAAGGACACUGAAUGUUAAACAGAAAGGAACAAAGAGACCACCAAGUUCAAGGUCACAUGGAUCAAACCGUAGAAGCAAUGCCAUAGAAGAUGAUCUGAUCUUGCGAGUUGGAGAGAAAGGCAGAAACAAAGGAGAGUUCACCAAUCCACAGGGGCUUCAUGUUGUCGGUGACAAAAUCAUUGUUGCAGACAGUAACAAUCAAGCUGUUCAAGUGUUCACUUCCAAUGGAGAAUGUAAGCUGAAAUUUGGGUCACCUGGCCGAGUAGCAGGGAAAAUGCAAAGGCCCACUGGAAUCGCCUCAACACUCAAUGGAAACUACCUAAUUGCUGACUAUGACAAUAAGUGGAUCAGUGUGUUUUCCCCAGAGGGGAAAUAUAUGAACAAGAUAGGCACAGGAAAGCUUCUGGGGCCUAAAGGAGUGGCAGUGGACAAGAAUGGCCAUAUCAUUGUGGUGGACAACAAAGGAAGCUGCAUCUUCAUUUUCCAACCCAAUGGGAAGCUCAUUUCGAAAUUUGGAUCCCGUGGGAAUCGGGAUUGGCAAUUUGCUGGUCCACACUAUGUUGCUAUUAAUGCCAACAAUGACAUCAUUGUGUCAGAUUUCCACAACCACUGCAUCAAAGUGUUCGACAGCGAGGGGAAUUUCCUGUUUACGUUUGGCUCCAACGGAGAAGGCAAUGGCCAAUUCAAUGCCCCAACAGGGGUAGCUGUUGACUUGAAAGAAAAUAUACUGGUGGCUGACUGGGGGAACUCCAGAAUACAGGUAUUUGACAGCAAUGGUUCCUUCCUGUCUUUCGUGAACACUGCUGCAGAUCCUUUGUACGGACCCCAGGGGCUGGCAGUGACCAGUGAUGGAUAUGUAUCUGUGGCUGAUUCUGGCAACCAUUGCUUCAAGAUCUACAAAUAUCUGCAAUGAAUUCCAAACUGAAGUCCUGCAAUAUUCUAAAACCUGUGAAAAUCAAUUUGCUUUGUCUGUUCUGGAAAUCUGAGUGCAAUAAAUAUGUUUGUAAGAAUGUUGAUGUACAGUGUAUGUGUAUUGAUCUGUUGAGAGGAUACAGAAAGUGUAACUCGCUGUCAAUCCUGUGUUUUGUCCAUAUCCUUUUUAAAAGUGCAAUUUCAUAACAUUUUUAACACAAAAUAAAAUUCAAUGAAUAUGCCAAAUAUUUUAUUUAUGUAUAAUUCUGAGACAAUAUUAAUUCAUCUAUCUAGAUUUGUUAAAUAUUCCCUGUACGUUUCAUCUUGAAUUCUGUAUAUGGAAAACCUGUCUCCACAAAACAUGCAAUGGUAAGCUUUAUGAUGCAAGGGAAAUAAUCCAUUAUUGUUUUUUUAGAUUAUUUAUUUUUCUGUCAUGUGUAAUAAUAAACGUACCUAUGUAAAAUUUAGAAUAUAUAGCAUGCUUUUGAAACAUAUUAUGGAUGUUCGUGUAUUAAGAUGAUAUUUAAUAAGCUAGUGCUAUGUAUAUUAAUAACUUCUAGUUAAUAUGUACAGGGUUCUGUUCCGAAGUCCCACCGCAUUUGCAAGUGUUAUAUUUAUGAGCAUUUUAAGAAAUGAAUUACUCAAACUCUACCAGUAUUGUGCAUGAAAAAAAUGUAUGUAAUUACAUUAAUUUAAUUAAUACAACUAAUAUAUAUGAAAACAUUCCUUCAAUGUGUUGUCAGCGUAACAUUCCAAAUUUAUUAACUUAUUUUCAUUAACAUUGCCGUAUAUGUACUUCAGUUUUUCAAAAAAACGCGCGUUCGCAUGAUCUGAUUUACAGUCGACAGUUUGUGUUCCGAGAUAGAAGUAUAUUUUGCAAUGAAUGUAUUACAUGUACAGCUACUGAUUAAAACUAAAGUUCAGAUUCGA